GAUACUCAAACCACCAAAAUUGGUAUGUCUUUGAAAGGUAAAGGCAAGUCUAAGGAAGAAGAAUUACCAAUCAAAAGAAAACUAUCUACAGAAGAUAUUGAGCACACUAAAGUUCAAGAAGUUAUUUCAACAACUCCAAGCAUCAAAGAAAUCAAUAAUUGGACUCCUGAACAUAAUAAUCGGGUCGAUGGAAGCUCAUUUCUUAGUCUGACUGAAGAAAAACUCCUAAAGCAUCCAUUUAAUCUUGUUGGUGGUCAGGCAUAUGAAAUUGCACAUCUGAUUAAACAUCUUAAAGGUGAAGAAGGUCAAAUAUAUCAAGCACAAGAUCCUAGCAGUUUGCAUGAGAUUGUAAAAAAUGCCGUGGUUGAAGCAAAUGAUCCUAGCAGAUUGUAUGAGAUUGUAAAAAAUGCUAUAGUUGAAGCAAAUAAGGAAAAAUCAUUUGAAGUGAUUAGUGCAUCAAAACUAAGUUUGACUAAAAUGAACAAAAUUAAAAAAGCUAUGGGCUUAGGUUCUUAUUCUAUAACUAGCAAAAAUUUCUCAGAUCCUUCUUCAUACAUAGAAUGCGAUGGAUUUAAAUGGAAUGUGGACAAGGAUGAAGACAAGCAAAUGCAAGUUGUUAAGGACUGGUUUAAAAUUGUAUUAAAUUUAGGAGAAGAUUAUUCUGUUGAAGAUGUUCAUAAAGACAUGAAAAAAGAAGUAACUUUAGAUAAAGCUUAUACCAUAUUACGGGGUGGAUUUGAUAUCAGUAUUGGCCCAAAUAUAUCAGGAUGUGUUUAUAUAGAAACAAAAAGGCUAUUCCAAGAAUUAAAAUCUGAAGAACACCAAGCUAAAGGAAAAUUACUUAUUGCGAAUGCAAACAUUGAAUUAGACGUCUUGAUCGUACUAACUGACUGUAAUGACAAGUGGUCUCUUUUUUUUAUAAUCAAAGAAGAAGAGCGAUAUCAUAUCAUAACUGCAAAAAUUGAUGAUCGUGGAAAAGCAUUAGGUAUAAUCAAGGAUUUCGUUCUUGAACAAGGAAUCAAAUAUAAUAAUAUAUUUGGAUCAAAUCUAAGAGCUGCUGAAAAAGAAGAGAUAAAGUAUGGCCCAUUAUCAAAAAAGGCGAAAUUCAGAGAAGUUAUUGAAUUUUGUGAUUAA